GCAAGUCUUAACAGGUAUCAAUACUUGAAUUCAUUUCCUCAUGAAAACUCCACUGCCUUCUAUGGAAUAAAUCAAUUUUCUUAUUUGUUUCCUGAAGAAUUUAAAGCCAUUUAUUUAAGAAGCAAACCCUCCAGGUUUCCCAGAUACUUAGCAGAAGUACAACUGUCCAUCCCCAAUGUCUCUUUGCCAAUAAGAUUUGACUGGAGGGACAAGCAUGUUGUAACACAAGUGAGAAACCAGCAGAUGUGUGGGGGAUGCUGGGCCUUCAGCGUGGUGGGCGCAGUAGAAUCUGCGUGUGCAAUAAAAGGGAAGCCGUUGGAAGACCUAAGCGUACAGCAGGUCAUUGACUGUUCAUACAAUAAUUACGGCUGCAAUGGAGGGUCACCUCUCAAUGCCCUCAACUGGCUAAACAAGAUGCAAGUAAAACUGGUGAGAGAGUCAGAAUAUCCUUUUAAAGCACAAAAUGGCCUGUGCCAUUACUUUUCUGCUUCACAAUCUGGAUUUUCAAUCAAAGGUUUUUCUGCAUAUGAUUUCAGUGGCCAAGAAGACGAAAUGGCAAAAACACUUCUCACCUUUGGCCCUUUGGUAGUCAUAGUAGAUGCAGCGAGCUGGCAAGAUUAUCUGGGAGGGAUAAUACAGCACCACUGCUCUAGUGGAGAAGCAAAUCAUGCAGUUCUCAUAACUGGGUUUGAUAAAACAGGAAGUACUCCAUAUUGGAUUGUGAGGAACUCAUGGGGAAAUUCGUGGGGAAUAGAUGGCUAUGCCCAUGUCAAAAUGGGAAGUAAUACUUGUGGUAUUGCAGAUUCCGUUUCUGCUAUAUUUGUUUGAGAUGUUGGGAAGAUCAAAAGACAGCUACAAAAAUGAAGGUUUUCAUGAUGCAAUGUAACAUAGUACUUCAUUCUAAGUAUUAUUCAACUUCAAGCUUCAGCAACUACCUACGAAAGAUUGUAGGGUUUAGUAGUAUUUAAACUCAGGUGUAGAAUGUUUCCGCCUUGUAGAGAGAUGGACAACCAAAGUUCAUAGAAAGAACUCCAGCAUAGAAGCCUAAAAGGAAGUCUGUGGAAGUUUUCUACUUUGAAAGGAAGGUCAGAGGAGGAGAUAUCUUCUUGAGUCUGUUUGUUUUUGUUUCCUUAUUGUUUGUUUGUUUUUAAUGAGAUAUUUCAGGUGGGAUCAAAAAGAUGAUAAGAAUUUCUUUCCUUUUUUGAAAUAUACUCAUUAGCCUUAGAUUAUCCGUAUAUGCAAGAAUGGCCAACCUAAAAUGUGUGUCUCACACAAUUAAUUAGCAAUUCGCUGAGAUGGAAUUUUACAAGGAUUUGAAAUACCAAUUGCUUUACUUCAACAAAUGGUGCUUACUGCGUGAAUAGCAGAGCAACCCUAUAGAAGGAAACAAAAG